AUGGUGUUCCUUUUUCACAUUGUUCUUCUCGUCCACGAAAGGGACAUGGUAUUCGUUGUUCUUCUCGUCCAAAGUGUUCGUUUCCAGGCUAUUCAACGAACUUUGUCUUUGCAAGUUCUGUUUUUCUUCUUUUAUUCCGGAUCCCUGGCCAUGGUUCUGCUGCCUCUGAUCCUCUUCGUGCUCUUCAGAUCGUCAGCGUCUCAAGUUGUCGAAGUCCCUGUCAACACGAAGUGGACGAUCGAUCCAUCGAUUGAUCCCCAACCGGCGAUCAUCCAGGCCCCCGACUACAGCUUUGGCUUCACGAAAACUUGCGCCCCUCCUUCACUCCCUCCAUCCUUCUACCUGUCGAUCUGGAAGCCCGACUUCAAGGACGUAAAUUGCAGCUGUUCUACCACCGUCACCAGCCUCUGGCAAGCCAACCGCGACUUCCCAGUCUCCGCCAAUGCGACCCUCGCAUUUGGAGGCGAUGGAAACUUAGUCCUGAGCCAAGGAUCUCUCCAGGUAUGGUCUUCCAACACCUCCGGCCAAGGAGUCGUGGCUAUGGUGCUCUAUGUAACCGGGAACCUCGUUCUCCACCGCGAGAAGUUCGAGAUAGUCUGGCAGAGCUUCGACCACCCCACGGACUCGCUGGUCGUCAACCAGAUACUAAAGCUUGGAACCAGGAUCGUCUCCAGUGUCUCUCCCACCAACAAAAGCCCUGGAAGCUUUUAUCUCGAGCUCCAGCCUCACGCUCUCGUUGGAUUCGCUCAGGCCCCUGGAACGCCACAAACUUACAUGAUCUGGGACCUGGGAAGCCAUGAAGUAGCGUCCCUGGUGCUCGAAGGCUGCACUCUCUUCGCAUAUAGCAAGCUAGACGCUCCGCUAGGAUUCAAGAGCUUGAGCUCAGCGCCAUUCUGCUUCCCGGGAUCUUUCCUCAAGCUCCAACACGAUGGCGAGGUGCGCUUCUGGCAGAGCUUUCGAAGGCGCGAUUCCAUCGUCGUCGGUAGUAGAAUGAGCAUUGGUGAGUGUGGAAAGUAUGGAGUUAUCCUGCAGAAAACCUGCGCCUGCCUCGAUUUUGAUCCAUCCACUCUCAAGCUGAAGCCAGUGACCAAUGGGAAAAACCCGUGCUCUGUCCCGGAGGAAGUCUCGUCCAUGGAGGAUCGAUGCAACGGUAGCGCUGCUGUUCCUCACCAGUUCGUGGAAGCCCGCGGCUACGAUUAUCUGCCGCUCCAUUUCAUGCAAGGGACCUCCAAUCUCUCCGCCACGGAUUGCCAGAAAUCCUGCCUCUCGGAUUGUACCUGCGUCGCGGCAUUCUUCCACCAGUUUGCAACCCAAGAACAAGCCAGCGCCUGCUACCGCGUCAGCGCCCUCUACACCGUCGCGAUCGAGCCCCUGCGCCACGGAUACGCGUCGGUGAUGUUCCUCAAGAUCAAGUCCUCUAGAACCCUAACACUACCUCCCGUCAUCCAACGCGGAUCCUCCUCCUCCCGCAAGGCGCUGAGGGUCGUCGCCAACACGGCGAUCGGCGCCUUCUCGGCGAUCACCGCUGCGUCGCUGCUGAUCGCGCUCCUCAUCGCGCGCUGGAGAAGGAGAAUGGCAAGAAUUUCGGCGGUGGAAGACUUGGAGACUUAG